AUGAGUGCAUCGGCAUUGGCAACGCCCGUUCCGCCCCCGCUGCCCGUCACGCGGUCCGCACAACCGCCGCCGACGCAUGUCGAGUUCCUGCUCUCGCAAGUGCGCGCCAACCUGCGCUACCUCUCCGAGAUCGGGGCAUUUGACACUGGCGCCUACCGGCAAAUCCACGAUCUCCUCACUCGCGGCACUCUUGAUCCCCACGCCGUUUCCCCCAGUACGCAUCCUCCGCCACCACGACCAACUGAGCGCAGCGAAUCAGCCGACGAGCUGGGCAGCAAGAGCGCCUGGCUGCGCAAGGUGCUCGCCGAAUCAUCAGUCCUCCCCACCACCAUCGAGACGGCUCUGUCGCUCACGGCGGGGCCUCUGCUGUCCGACGAGCAGAAGGAGGCAAUUGUGCAGCUCGUCGAGUACUCGCAGCAAGGCGUGGCCAACAAGAUCACCGACCCCACGCUGCAGAAGCGCAUGGGGUCGGGCGCUAGGGCUGCACAAAGCUCAACGGCGCGCAAGGUUUCAAGCUGGAGUAGGGGGUUGAAGCAGGACAGACAGAAGAAAAAGUCGCAGAGUGAGGAGAAGAAGGAUGGGAAGCGAAGGGAGAAGGAGGAGCGAAGGCAGAUCAAGGCGGAGCUGAAGCAGGAGCGGAACGAGGUGAUUCGCAUGCGCCAGCAGCAGAUGCUCGGCGACAAUGCAAGUCAAGCGUCGGGGACCAUUGCCAGUCCGGUGUUCACAAGUAGAGCACCGGCGGGGAUAGAGGACGACAGCAGCAGCCAAUCGAGCUCCGAGGACGAAGCACACCUCGCCAACCGCGGUCCGAUCAACAGCUGUGACUUUGCGACGGGAGCAAGUGCGAUUGCAGACACUGCCACGCUCACGGUGCUCUCCCAGCCCAUCAAGGGCAGCGAGACUAGCGUGGGAGGUACCAACACCACGUUUGUCGUAGAGCCGGGGCUGGCUGUAUCGUGCUCGCUCGUCGUGAUCAAAGGAAGCCAAGUGCAGGAUCAGCUCGAGCGGGUGCGUGAGGCAGCUGCUGCACCCCAAGUACCAGUCCCGGCCGGAACGGCUUCACACGCGACGAUGCCACCGCCGAGCCAUCCUGACGUGCUAGCGGUGAGGAGGCAUAGUGGGACUACAUCGCAGCCGCCGGUGCCGCCUCGACCCAGCACGCAGAGGACCAGUUGA